AUGUUUCCUACAGUAAAAGUGUCCAUAUCAAAUAUCGACGCCGACGGGCUCUACUACGUAUUCCUUGACGUCAUUCCAGUUGACAAUAAAAGAUAUCGUUAUAUUUAUAACAAAUCAGCAUGGCUAACUGCUGGAAAAGCUGAACCAGCGCCAAAGAAUCGAUUGUAUUUGCAUCCAGAUUCGCCAUAUACGGGAGAACAGGUAAUUUUUCUAAAUGAAAAGAGCAAAUUUUAGAA